AGCAGUUGUAUGAGGAAAACCAACUUGAAGACAAUUAAGUUAUUUGUUCAAGAUAAUCUUAGUGACAAUGUCUACAAGCGAUGAAAACUGUAGAUUGCCUCAUUGGCUGAAAGCAGAUAUAUUUGAAAAGGUACUUAAAGAUACCUAUAAGAAUUUUAAGGAAAUAAAAACAUUCAAGGCAAUGCCAGGCACAAAACCAGGAGACAAUUAUGCUACGAUUAUGCUUCGAGUUGAGCUGGAAAUCGAGCUGAAAGAUAAUACAUCAGAGUCUAUAUCGUACAUGUUGAAAAUACCUCACAAUUCUGCGGCAUAUCAAGAAACCUUGGGGAAUAACAAGAACAACAUAUUUGAUUUGGAACGCGACAUGUUUACGAUAUAUGUGGAAGAGUUUAAGACACUUUAUCGCGAAGUUGGCUUGGAAGUAAAUUUUGGCGCGAAGUGCUAUAAGUUAGAUGUUCCGUAUGAGCACGUAUUGCUAGAAGAUCUCAAGCCGAAAGGUUUUCAACCAGUCCAGUCGGAACAUCGUCUAUCUGGUCUCGAUGAGGAGCAUACUCUAGCUGUGCUCAAGAAAUUGGCCCAAUGGCAUGCGGCAUCGGCAGUCCGGGUUGCCACAAUUGGUCCCUAUCCUACACAGAAGAUGGAAGGACUUUUCUCUGAGGAUGGCAAACUCUUCAUGGAAAAAAUUACUGAUGGCUUAAUAGGAUACGUCCUAAAAUCUCUAUCAACGAUCGAGGGACACGAGGCCUACUACGAUGAUGUUAAAAAUAUGGAAGGACACAUUAUGGAGAAUGCUGUGCAAGUCGGAGCUGUUGAUCCCAAUGAGUUCAAUGUGUUGAAUCACGCCGAUUGUUGGAUUAACAAUAUGAUGUUCCUUCACGAUAAGAAAACGGGCAAAUUAUUGGAAUUAUGCCUGGUCGACUAUCAAAUGUGUAAAUAUGGCAGCGUAGCAAUUGACCUGCUGUAUUUUUUACUAUCAUCACCUAAAUUGGAACUCAAACUAAACAAGUUUGAAUUCUUCAUUAAACAGUAUCACGAUCAACUGAUAAAACAUCUGAGAUUAUUGAAUUAUACUCAAAAACUGCCCAGUCUUAUUGACAUACAUACUUCCAUCUUGAAGAACGGCAUUUGGGGAUAUGUUACUUCGUGUGGUGUCCUAACGGGCUGUCUGUUGGAAAAUACGGAAACUGCAAGCUUUGAAAAUUUAUUAGUCGAUACGCAAGCUGGAGAUGAGUUCAGAACACUGUUAUUCAAUGGCAAAAUUUAUAAAGAGCAUCUUAAGGUAAUCAUGCCCUGGCUUCACAAUAGAGGAGCACUCCAACUACGUAUUACGAAUGGUUCCACUUAAAAAUAUAAGAUGGAUUUAACAAAUAAACAAAUUUUCUAG